AUGGCAGAAACAACGUCAUCCCAGCGUCUACUCAACAAAGUCUGUAUCGUCACCGGAUCAUCUUCAGGACUUGGACGAGCUAUUUCGUUGGCGUAUGCUCGCGAGGGUGCAUUUCUUGUCUGUGUUGACUUGAAACCUGAUGCUCGACAAGAAGUUGAGACUGAACGGGCAAUCGACACUGAUGCUCUAAUACGGCAAAAUGGGGGGCGAGCGUUGUUCAUCAAGGCAGAUGUGAGCAAUGCCGCUGAAGUAGAGGCAAUGGUGAAGGCGACAGUCGCAGAGUAUGGUCGCAUAGAUGUAUUGGUCAACAACGCUGGAAUUUCUAUCGAAGCUGGAAAGAAAGCUCUCAAGAUUCACGAAACACCGGAGAAUUGGUGGGAUAUAACUAUGGCAGUCAAUACCAAAUCAGUCUUCCUGGCUAGCAAGUAUGUUACUGGUCAAAUGCUUUCUCAAGACAAGUUCGCUUCCGGAGAUCGUGGCUGGAUUAUCAACAUCUCUUCUAUCUUUGGCCUAGUUGGCGGUGGAUAUAUACCAUGCUACGCAGCUUCUAAAGGAGCGGUCGCGAAUCUAACAAGGCAGAUCGCGAUGGACUAUGCUGAAGAUGGCAUUCAUUGCAAUGCCAUUUGUCCUGGAUCCAUCUUUGUGAACACGACCCAGGUUCACGAUGCCGAGGAGAUUAGACGGCGCCAUCCGCUGCAUGGUAUCGGUAUGCCGGAUGAUAUAACUGGAGCUGCUAUUUUCCUCGCAAGCAGUGAGUCUCGAUGGAUUACAGGCGCUAUGCUACCAGUGGAUGGCGGAUUCACGGCGCAAUAA